AAUUAUUUCAAAGCUUAUUGAGUGAGCAAAACAGUUAGUGAUCAGAAAUAUACCAAAAUGAAAGGGCAUUUGUUAAUAGUCAUCUGUGCUAUAUUUACGGGAAUUGAAGUAAAUUCUCAAGUGCCAGGAUUUGGAAGAUGCCCACGCACGUCUGCAGUACAAAACUUUGACGUUAACGCUUAUCUUGGAAGAUGGUUUGAAAUUGAAUCAUACUUUCAAACUUUUGCAAUUGGUGGUACAUGUGUUGAAGCGAAUUAUGGAUUAAAUCCUAAUGGAACGGUUUCGGUUUUAAAUAAAAUGACGAGAUUAGGACGAGAAGAGUCAAUUUUAGGCUACGCAGUACUUGCCAGCCCAGGUGAAGGAAAAUUAAUUGUCAAUUUUCCACAAAGUCCACCAACUGAUACACCAAAUUAUAUAAUAUUGAGUACGGAUUACGUCAACUAUGCUGUUGUUCAUUCAUGCACUCAAAUUUCACGAUUCACUUACGUCCAAAUUGCUUGGAUUUUAGCUAGAAAUCGACAAAUCGGAGCCAUUCAAAGAUUCCAAGCCAGAAGAGUUUUAGAAAAUAACGGUGUCAGCACAAGAUGGUUGCGUGAAACUGAUCAAUCAAACUGCGGCUGAUAACAUUUUAAAGUUAAUCAGAUAGUUCUGUAUAAAAUCGUUGAAUUGAAUAGAAUGAACUGUCGUAGAUUUGUCUUAUCGUUAUCUUAAAUUCAUUAAAUGAAAAUAAAAACUUUUUUGGCCUUUCAU